UACGAGAGCGAGUACACACGAAGCGUACGAAUCUGAGACCGCGAUUUAGUGUGUGCCGCACGUAGCAUUUGAAUUUCGUCGUGCAAUGCUUUUAGUUUGUCUUCGUGCCCCAAGAAACGCUAUACAAGGCAGCAGUGCUGCCGUUUCCAUCUGAAAUUGUUUGACGCGCUUUAUUUUACCUUUUUCUGAGUGAGUUUCGUUCGCUUGUCGGUGUCGUCGUCGUCGUCGUCGUCGUCGUCGCUUCGUUUUUUCGUUUUCGUACAUUCGGGCAAGAGCUUGUUGCGUAUGCUGCUCCACAUAUGACAUGCUUGCCGCUUGAGUGUGGACCAAAAAGAGAGGCUAACUAAAACACACACUUCCGGCAGGAGGAGGAGGAGAAUGCAUCUCCAAACCACGCACAAAACGAUUCAACCCGAGGCCAGACCAGCUAUGGAUUCCACAAUCUCCACGGCCUCCAGUUCCACGGCAACUGCUGCCCCACACUGCGAUGUGCGGCAGUUUCAUGGAUUGAUCACCUGUGGCCUCUGCCAGGGCUACAUGAUCGAUCCCACCACAGUGGACUAUUGCUAUCACACAUAUUGCCGCAGUUGCAUCUUGAAGCAUCUGCUGCGAGUCGCCUAUUGCCCGCAGUGCAAGGCCAGCGGCAAGGAGAUCAGCGAGAUCAAUCUCAGAUCGGACGACACAUUGCGAUCUCUGAUCUAUAAGCUGGUGCCGGGUCUGUAUAGACGGGCGUGCGAUCAGCUGGCCGAAUUCACAGAGCAGCAUCGGGUACUGUUCGAUGCGGACGACGAGCAGCCCGAGCCAGAGCCGGAGCCGGAGUUCUUUACAUCGUCGGAUCUUAUGAGUCUCUCCCUGGAAUACCAUCCGGCGAUGCUGGAGAAGUGCACGGCGGGCGAGGUGCCGCCGGUUAUCUACCUGCAGUGCCCCGCCGGACUGAACGUGGAGCUGCUGCGGCGUUUCCUCUGCUCCAAGUACAACAUCGAUGCGGAGAACAAGCUGAUCGAGGUGGAGGUGACCUACGAGGACGAGGUGCUGCCCUCCAACUUCACUCUGAUGGACGUGGGCUAUUGCUACAAGUGGACUGGGCUUGCCCCGAUGGCCUUCUGCUACCGGAUUAUGGUGUACGAGAGCGAGCGAGCAAAAAACGACGAGAACAAUCUGUCGAAGAUUAAUAACCAAGACGUGGACAAUGUGCAGAAGGUGCGUCGCUCUAAGGGCGGGAAGUCGGUGACCUUCGCGGAGGACCUCGAGUCCGAGCUGGACUCGGCUGUGGUGUCGUCGGGGUCACCACGUGCCAAGGGACGCAGCAACAAGUCCUCGAAGCUGUCACCGCCCCCGAAGACCAAGCGCCUGGCGACGGCCAAGCGAGAGCUCGAGGACAGCUCCAGCUCCAGCUCGGUGAGCAGCUUCAAGAGUCUCCGGAGCAACGACAUGCGCUACAGCGACUAUGCCGUGGCCCGCGUCAAAAGCGAGCCGGAGCCGGAACCGGAUGCGGCCGCCGAGCAGCCACGAGAAUCGUCCGCCCUGCCCCCACACAUGAACAUCGUGGUCAGCAUUCCGCCCUCGCAGCUCAGCCGCUACGGCGACGAGGGGGACUUUGAGCUGAAGACGGCCAACAAGAAGGGGAACCUGCCUAAGCUGAAGAUCGAGCUCAACAGCAUGAGGAGCAAGCUGUCCAUGCCGUUGUCGGCGGAGCCUCGCCUCGAGGACACCACUCAGUGCUCGGUGCAGCAGCUCGACCUGGAGACCUACGCGAAGAACAUCGGCCUCAAGCCCAUUGAGCCCGCCCAUUCCGCCCCAGCGGUGGCCCCAGCGGACAGUAAAUACAGUCCGAAUGCCUCGCCCAUGUCCUCGUGCUCCACAUCCACCAACGGCUCAGGGUCCGGUUCGAAUGGCCUGGGCACGACAGAUGCCAACACCUUCAUCUCCACCUCUAACUCCACCUCGGGCUCUGGCUCGGGCUCCCAUCGCAAGCGCAAGAAGAAGCACUCCAAGGAGCCGAAGGACGCGAACGGAAAGAGAAAGAAGCUGCACGCGGAGAUCUCCUCGCAGACCGACGGCAAGAUGAAGGUGAAGAUCACCUCCAAUCCCACCACCAACCACAAGGCGCACAAGCUUGACCUGAAGCGAUCCCACUCCCUGGCUGGCGGCGAACUGGGCCUCGGCUCCGCCAUCUCCCUCUCCCACCUGAAGUUGGACGAGACGACAGACAGAGGCGCCACCAGCGACGUGCUCAAUCGGACGCUCGGCGAGGAGUCGCGCAGCAUCAGCAGCCUCAUGACCGGCGCUCCCACGCCGCCGCCCACGCCCACAGCGGAAACGGAAGUGACCAAGAUGGCGCUGGUGGCCAAGGAACUCUCGCUGCCGGCAUCGCCUCCGCUGCCGCCCAGCCUCUUCAAGGCCUUCACCCCAGCCCCAUCCCCAGCAGCAAAUCCAACCCCAGCUCCAACCCCACUCACCCCGCCGACGACUGCUGCUCCGGCGCCAAAGCCCAAGCAGCAGCAACAGCAGCAGACGCUGCAGCAGCAACCGGCGAAGGGUGCCACGAAGCCGCCGCUGAGCAACAACAACAACCGGAAGCAGGCCCAGGUGUCGGCCCCCGGUGGACACUUUGUGGUGCCCCAGCCACCGACGCACGCCAAUCGCAACAUGUACCACAUGCAGCGCUACCUCUCGACCCCCAGCUCCAUCGCCAGUUCGGCCAACAAGCAGCCAAAGCGCUCGGUGUCCGUGGACGAGACCCUGGCCGGCGGCCAGGCCAAGCAGGCGCGUCUGCAGCAGGUCCAGGCGAUGGCCAGCUACGCGGCCCGCUUCCAGAUGCAGGCCAACGGCAACAUGCCCAAGGUGCCCGCCGCCUCCUACCAGCCCAAUCCCGCCCAGAUGCGCCUCUACGGCCCGGAGAUGGCCAAACAGCAGGCCCUGCCCGUGCACUGUCCGGCCAGCAUAAGCAUGUCGCUGCCCAGCGCCACCCUCAGCAGUGGCUCGGUGACCAUCACCCCCCGCGGGCGACCCAGUCAGCAAUUGGCCUCCUACUCCUUCCCAGAGCCACCCAGCCACGUGCCCGCCCUGGAGAUUGUGCGCUUGGGACCCAACAAGCCGGCUGUGGCCAAACAGCCGCCCGCGAUGAUGACUGGCGGCCGCAUAAUGGGACCACCGGCGGCUCUGCCCAAGCAGAACCAGAACCAGGCCCAGAGCCAGGCCAAGGGCCAGGCCAAGAGGGCUGUCCAGUCGCCGCCAAUGCCCAUGCCGAUGCCCAUGCCGAUGCCGAUGCCAAUGCCGAUCCCGGCGAUUGUCAAGUCGCCGCCGCUGUCAGUGGCGCUGAGUGGGCAACGUGGCAGCCACAACUACAGCCACAACCACAAGAGCAGCAGCAACAAGAACAACAAUGCGGCUUAUCGCACAUCUCCGCCUGCAUUAAUAAAUCUGCGCAACACCGUUCCACUCUCGUUUCCAUCAAAGUCAAGCGCAAAGGCAGACGCCAAUUCAAAGAAAUCCCCGCCAGCUGCAGCGGCAACUGGAGGUGGUUCGACGACGGGCAGCAGCAGCAGCAACAACAGCAACAGCAACAACAGCAGCAGCAGCAGUCAAAGCAAAACCAAUGGCACCGCUGCAUUGGAUCCAUCGAAAACGGGUUUGCGCGAAUUUCGACCGCCGUUUGGCACUGCGCUGCCAGCAGCAGCCACAACUACAGCCAUGACAACGGCCCCAGCGAUUGCGGCAGCAGCAGCAUUAGCCAAGGAUGCCGACAUACUUGAUUUAUCAGCGAACCCGGGUCGCAGCAGCCACAACAACAGCAGCACCACAACCACAAAAUUGGCUGGGACAAACAGGGCGCCCACAUCCACAUCACCGCCUGCUGGCAACAUCAGCACCACGAGCAGCAGCAACAUCAACAGCAGCAGCAGCAGCAGCAGCAGCAGCAACAGCCUGGAGGCAGCCUUAAACAAAAUCAAACAGAACAUAUCCGCCAACAGCAACGGCAAUGGAGGAGGAUUAACCUCUGGGGCAGCGUCAACAACAGCCACGGGAAACGGCACCACCACUACCAGCAGCAGCAGCAGCGGCAGCAGCAGCAGCAGCAGUGGCACAGCCACUGGCACUGGUACUGGCGAUGAUCUACAGAAUCUGCAUUUGCUCUCCGAAUCGGCGACGGCGCGCGAGAAGAUCUCGAUAAAGUCGGGCGGCAGCAACAUCUUCGAGAACAAGCCAAAGAAUGGGAAUGCAGUGGUGCGGCCCCAGAAUGCCUCAGUGCGGAGCAUACCCAAUCCAUCCGCACUGGCCUUUCGCAAUCAGACAACGCUUCCAGCAGCAGCAGCAGCAGCAGCGGCAGCAGCAUCUCUGGCCAGUGCAAUCACCAAACCCCUGACGGUGAAGGCCGAGGAGAAGCCCAAGAUGUCAACCACCGCGCCGGGCCUGCUCAGUCCCACUGGCAGCAAUGGCAGCAGCCACAGCAGCUCUGGAUGCAGUGCAGCCACCUCGCCGCGUGCCCUCACCAAGAAACCGACGACGAUCGAUCAAGUGGCGGCCAAUUUGAAUAUUCGUGCCGAGGCCAAAGCCGCUGCCCUGGCCGAGGAGGCUCCCCUGGUGCUCACCUCCAGCUCGGCCAAGUCCCCGGAGCUGGCCAAGACGACAGCGGUGGCUACAGUGCCGGCAACAGCAACAGCAACAGUCCCAGAUCCAGCCCCAGCCGCAGUCCAGCCCGAAAUCGCAAUCGGCCCGAAGUCAGAGCCGGCCAAGGAGACGGCAAUCACCGUCCCGGCCCCCAAGGAGACGGCAAUCACCGUCUCUGCGGCCAGCACUCUCCUGUCCCUGCCCGCCCCAGCGGCGGGCAUCGUCAGCCAGUCCGAGGCCCUGCCCAAGCCGCCCGUACAGAUCGCCGCCACUGACACCCUGGCACCGGUGGCGAGUUCCGCUUAGUCACAAGCUUUUCUGUGGCUGUGCGGAACGCAAAUGUAUCUCGUGGCGCCGCUGGAGAACCUACAAAACAACAACAGCAGCAAUGACAACAACUGAGAGACAGACAACACCUGUCGUCUGACCUCGCUCCCGAAGAAAAGUGCAAUUCGUAUGAAAUCAGUUAACUUGAAAUGGACGAGAUUCGUAAGCCUUAAAAUCGACCCGGAAUACCCUCAAUAGAAAGCAAUAUACGCAAUGUACGUGUAGAAUAGAUUAGAGACCAAACCGUAUCGUUCUCAAAGCCAAGAAAAUAUUUUGCAAUUGUAUUUGGGAUACCACUAAAUAUUCGAUAAAAGGCAGGCCACAAAAAUGUUAAAAAUAUAUCGUACAAAAAAUUAAUCAAAUAUAUGUACAUAAAUAUUAACAAAAAACAAAGAAAGAAAGAACAAGUUAGGCACAAAGCAGCAACGAAUUAAUUAUUAGAAAUAUCAGUAAAAAAAAACCUGAGAUAAGACGAUUUUGAUCGUUUGAUCUUCGUUUUUGCUUUUUUUUUUUUUUUGUUUGGAGCAAGGGAGAAAGUCCAAGCAGCACCGAAACCCGAAUAGAACCCUAGAGUAGAGAGGCGAUAGAGACUUUUUUUUUUGUUUAAAAUAGGAUUAUAUGUAGAAUUCCGAUGCCUGAUAGGCGCCCGAAUGUUAGGAGCAGCGUAAUCGCAUCAAGAAUAUUUGAUUAUGACCCCCCCACCACCUCUCACACUUGCCACUUGCCACCAGUGCGACGUGGAGAAUGUGCUCCGAAGUGUGAAGUUGUGGUUUUGGUGGUGGAGUCAAAAUAAAGUGCUGCCGGGUGGAUAGAAGAGCAGAGCAGAGACCAUAAAGAAGAUGAAGAGAAACACACAUGCACAAACCCACACACACACACACACACUCACAUCGAUAACCGAUACAUACUCACGUUCUUCAACGAGGCGAUAAAAUUUUAACGAUUUUGCGCCGCUUUGAGCGAGCGUGUCGGGCAUAAAGAUACAAAACAAUACUACACUAUAUACAUAUAAGCAAAUCAAACAAACAAAACGGAAUAAUGCAAAUAACAGACCCACACACAGGCGCACACAUACCUACAUAUGUAUACAUAUGUAUAUGUAGAUGCGCGUAUAUCUUGUAGAUACUUUUUUCGUAUUACGUUUAAUUGCAGCACGAACUUUGUACAUAAAUUUCAAAUCGAAUCGAAAUGAUUCGUGGCAAAGCGAAAUGGAAACACAACAUACCUACCACACGGCACAUGAAAAUAAAUUUGGAUUUUUUUUUUAUAGAGCUUUGACCAAAUAAAACCCUAUUCAGAUAUGAUAUUAUACUCUUAUAUUUACGAUAUUCAUAGACUUGAAAGAAAAGGCUUUAGGUUUUCAUACUUUCCCUCUACCCUUUUCCACGUUUAGCUGAUAUUUUGUUUUGUUAUUCAUAUCGUAUGUACAUAUUUUACAGAGAGAAAAAAAAGUAUAAAAAUUACUAGGGAGAAAAUGUAUGAGUAUCUUACGGGAAUAGCUGGAUUACGUAGAAUGGUGUCCACAACAGAGAAAGACGGACAGACAGAAAGAGAGAGAUAUCAACCUACCCCUUGAUUCAACCACCCUCGGCAUUUACAGCAUCCCAUCCCUCGUGAUCGGCCCGAAAUUAACAUAAUUUCCAGGCAAUCAAACAAAUUGAAAAGCCUCAGAUCCAGCUAUUCCAAAACUUUGUCUCGACUCCAGAUUGUUGUAUAUUUAUUAUUUAUUCCUAUUAUUGAGAUAUAUAUUCGAACUUCGAAGGCUUUGGUCCGACAUCCGAUCGGAUCUCUUGACUUUUGUAAGCUUGAUAUUGUACUGUUCGGAAACCCUAACUAAAUAAAGAAACCUAUUAACAUAUGUACGAAUAUAUAGUAUAUAGUAUGUAUAUGUAGCAUAUAGCUCUGAUUGUACGCACUCUUGUAUGAAAUAUUGUUAGACCACACUCGAAAUGUAAUCCACAGACACUCUAAGUUAAUUCUAGCUGAUUUUCAAAAACAAUAAAAUCAUCAAAAUGAAA